CUUGAUAAAUACUCAGGGUUUCUUUGCCAGCCGUAAAGCUCCUAGCUCAAAGCAGGCUGGUGACUUCAGAGGGCUCCGCUGGGACCGGAAGGUCACUGGAGCCACUGGUGAAAAUCAUGCUGUCACUACCAACCCAGAAGGCCACCUCUCAGUGUGCCAGGUGCCACCUCCUGCAGCACACACAUGUGCACACACACACACACGCGCGUGUGCCUGUGUACACCUCCCCCAGGGGCUGCAGCCAAGACGGGCAUCCCACAUCAGAGGGAUGAAUGGCAGGUCUGUCCCGCCAGCUGUGUGCUCUCUCCUAUCCGAAAGCCGCAGAGACUCAGACGGCAGAGCCUGGAGGAGCCCACGCAGUCCGUUCCCGGCACCCGGUGCGUGUGAAGGGACUUGAGGACAGCGAGAUGGAAUCAGAAAGAGAAGUCAUCAACCUUCAAUUUGCGAGCCGCGUGGCCGCGAGCGGAUGUAGGCCCGAGGGCUGGCGCGACGGCCGCGGCGACCCUUCCUUCCGCGGUCCCGGCUCCACGCGGCGCGAGGCUGGGAGGCUGCGAGGCUGCGACGGCGCCGAGGCUCCAGACAGCCGCGCCCCGGGGGCAGGGCAGCCUGGAAGCUCCGACCCCAGGAGGAGCCAGCCCAUCAACCUGAACCAUUACGCCACCAAGAAGAGCGUGGCGGAGAGCAUGCUGGACGUGGCCCUGUUCAUGUCCAACGCCAUGCGGCUGAAGGCAGUGCUGGAGCAGGGACCGUCCUCUCACUACUACAUCACCCUGGUCACCCUCCUCAGCCUCUCUCUGCUCCUGCAGGUGGCCAUCGGCGUCCUGCUCGUGGUCAUCGCACGGCUGAACCUGAAUGAGGUAGAAAAGCAGUGGCGACUCAACCAGCUCAACAACGUGGCCACCGUCUUGGUCUUCUUCACCGUGGUCAUCAAUGUUUUCAUUACAGCCUUCGGGGCACACAAGACAGGCUUCCUGACUGCCAGGGCCUCAAGAAAUCCUCUCAAUACAACCCGGGACCCAGGUACUGGGCCUGGAACUCCUACCUCCUUCCUCCGUGAUCUGCCAGGCUCAUGGGCACUGUCCACAGCCCAGGAGAGCUUCUGAAAGGACGGUAGAGCUGCCCUUGCUCCCUACCCACAGCACCUGAGUUAAAAAGUGAUUUUUUUGUUAUUGGUCUGAGGGAUUUCCAUCUUAGUCUGGAGUCCUGAGCUCAGAUGCAGGUACUGCCAGCCAUACCUCCCUGGUAGCAACCCUGGACCUAAGGCAUGUCUGUCAAAGGCCAAGUCUGCCCAGCUUAAGGACUCUGGUUCUGACUCUACCCUACUGCUCUAGGCCUCAGUUUUCCCUUUCUGUAAAAUGGAAUCUAUAUCUAUAAAGGUUUCUUCAAAUCUA